CGACAUCACGAAUCAUGAGAUAGGAGGAGACAAUGGCAUCAAAUUCGACGAAACGAUCGCUUCAGUCCUUUAUACGGCAGAGUCGGCCGAUAUGUGAAUGUGCCAAACCUCGAACGAGCUCCAUCAGACAAUUCUCGAUAUCGAGAUCGAAGAGAAAUGCAGACUAUGAGGUGGAAGGGGAGCAACGGCCGAGAUGGUCAUAUACUCCGGAGAAGAUGAAAGCUCCAUACCGAUGGAGAAUAGAGAGUACUCCGAAGAAGUGGGAAUGCAACAGCGAUCCAGUGCGAUUAGAUCGCUUCUAUAUCAACUUGCUGGGCCGAGGGGGGGACAAGGUGCUGACGGAGGAGGUAAAAUGGCUGGCGAUCACACAUAAAAGUUUCGAUCAGGGAAGGAGAGGCUUCAAUGACCGUCUGGCAUUCUUUGGUCGACGGAUAUUGAAUCUACAAACCAACAUUGCCUUACUACAAUCACCAACUGCGAAUCAAACCCAGUCACUUGCAGAUCCUUCUGAUGACCGACUACACUUCACACAUCCUGCGCUGGACGGAUUGCCCAACUUGACAGAUGCACCAAUCAGCGAAAUCUUGACAAAGGACCGACUGGGCCAAUUGGCAACUCAAAUGGGGAUGCGAGAGAUAAUGAGAUGGACACCGAGAAAUGAGCAAAAAUUGGAUGCUUCCGGUAUUGACGUUGUCCUUACUACCUCAUUGUAUGCCAUAAUCGGUGCGAUAGCCUUACAGAAAGGAGGAGAUGUUGCGGCUCGUGUAGCAAGAGAGAAGGUUCUGAAGCCAUUGGGAAUAUUGUAGCUGUAUAUCAUGGGAGGACUGUAGAUUACUGUACAAUAUGUGGAAACACUCUAUACCAAACUUGUUCCAAUUAUGGACCCGGAUUUUACAGGCGUUGCUGCUUCAUUUGAGUGGUAGCCUCGUCUUGGCCCGCGGGUACUGCACUCAAAUUUCCAGUGGAUAUCUUGCUAGCCAUGCUAUUUCAAGUCCGUUCCACUGGGAGUAGAGCGGUAGAUAUAUCGGUUGGGAGAUACAUGAUGUCUUCCCAAAUUGCCAAACUUCUGGUUCUAGCGGUAUUUUCGUUGCGUCGACCAACCUUCACAAAUAUUCUCUCGAGAAUCUAAAUUGCCCAAGCAGACCUUCAGUGUCUUCGUCACCACCUCGGCCGAAAGAAACUUAAGCUCCACCGCCAACAGGCUUGUCUCUCUUCUACGGGAUCAGCUAGAAUAACCAAAAGUUUGGUAUUCCAUCCGAUGGAUGACUUUCCUUCCUCAGCACUCGUAGGUAUCCGACCAAAUCCCUUCAAAUGUGUAGUUACGUCCCUCAUGUCAAGAAUGUGGCGUUCUAUUCGUUUGAUGGCAGUUCCAUGUGUCGCAAAGAAGAUAGUAGCAUAGCUCUGGAUCGUUUCAGAUCGCGUAUGACGCUAGAAGAAAGGAUUAUGAAUGGUAGUUGUACAGCCUCGAAAGAAACCCAAAGUAUUUGACAUACUAAAAUCCCAUCCGUAAUCUAUUUUGAUUUUCGUGGACAUGGCGUUCCUUGUCUCCAUUUAGGCUGGUCGGG